AUGGAUACUACAAAUUCAACUAACUAUCAAACAACAGCAAAUAAUGUCAAUGUAUUAACAUGUACAUAUCAUCCAACAGUUAUCGGUGAUCAUAAAUGUUAUCGAUGUCAAAAAAUUAUCUGCUUACAAUGUUAUAAUGCACGUGGACCAGGCUAUGGAUUUUGUCCGCAAUGUCAUGAAGCCGAAAAAGGAUGCUGUAAUUAUCGAUAUUUACAUAAACAAUCACCAUGUUGGCUCUUAACUGAUGCACCCAGUCGUUUAGCAAGUGAUUGA